UACACCACUGGACACUGAGCUGCCGCGGUCUACUCUCUGUCUAAAUCUUCUUUAUCUCAUAAACUACUGCCACUAGUAGUUUGUUCUCCUUAAUCCUGUUCUUCGGGGGGACUUGAGAUCAGUCAGUCUGGAUCUGAAAAGUCAGUUUUUGUCACUGCUCUGCCUCUGAAAGCCACAGUGGAUACUGUGGACAUACUGGACACUGAGCUACAGUAGACCACCUCUCUUUUCUGCUCUGCCGGUCAGUUUGCCACGCAGUAUCGAACUUGUAGUUCAACUCCUAGUAGUUUGUUCUCUUUCACCCUGUACUUUUGGGGGAGGUCGGCUAAGACUUGAGACAGAAAGCUAACUGUUUGUUGACCACCCCACUCGGAAGGUCUCCCUCUCUGUUGUCAUCUUUGUCGUCUCCUUCAGUGGGUUCCUCCAGCUUGUUUGAGUGCUUCUUUUCCGUCCGAGUCGAGUCUAAGCUGCCCUACAGGGCUGCCAUCAUUGGGCCACCACCAUGCAGGUGUCGUUAGUGUGCUCGGACAACCACCGUGGCGGUGGCGUGACACGCACCACGGAGGAACGUCUGAACCAGCGGAACUCCAACAGCCCCAGUCUGGGCACCAAGAGCAAGUUCCGCGCUGUGGCCAUGGUGGCCCGCAGCCUGGGACAGCUGUCCGUCAACAUCCCUUCGUCCAGCGACCAGAGCAUACGCACUGGCAUGAAGUAUAGAAACCUGGGCAAGUCUGGAUUGAGGGUGUCCUGCAUGGGAUUAGGCACGUGGGUUACCUUCGGAGGACAGAUCACAGAUGAGAUGGCAGAGGAGAUAAUGACAUUGGCCUAUGAGAACGGGAUCAAUCUGUUUGACACAGCAGAGGUCUACGCUGCAGGGAAGGCAGAGGUCGUAUUGGGGAACAUCAUCAAGAAGAAAGGUUGGAGGCGCUCCACUUUGGUCAUCACCACCAAGAUCUUCUGGGGAGGAAAAGCAGAAACAGAAAGAGGGUUGUCCAGAAAACAUAUAAUCGAAGGACUAAGGGCAUCGCUAGACAGACUGCAGCUAGAGUAUGUGGAUGUCGUUUUCGCAAACAGACCGGACCCCAACACACCUAUGGAAGGAGACCCAUUUCACACCUCAAAGUCCAAGACAUUCAUCAUAGAAGAGACGGUGCGGGCAAUGACCCAUGUGAUCAACCAGGGGAUGGCCAUGUACUGGGGAACAUCGCGCUGGAGCUCCAUGGAGAUCAUGGAGGCAUACUCAGUGGCCAGGCAGUUCAACCUGAUCCCCCCUAUAUGUGAGCAGGCUGAGUACCACAUGUUCCAGAGGGAGAAGGUGGAGGUGCAGCUCCCCGAGCUCUUCCACAAAAUAGGUGUGGGUGCCAUGACAUGGUCUCCGCUGGCGUGCGGGAUCAUCUCAGGGAAGUACGACAGUGGGGUACCCCCGUGCUCACGGGCCUCACUAAAGGGCUACCAGUGGAUGAAGGACAAGAUCCUGAGUGAGGAGGGGCGCCGUCAGCAGGCGAAGCUGAAAGAGCUGCAGGCCAUUGCCGAGCGACUGGGCUGCACCCUGCCCCAGCUCGCCAUCGCAUGGUGCCUGAGGAAUGAAGGGGUGAGCUCUGUGCUACUGGGGGCCUCCAGCACAGACCAACUGAUGGAGAAUCUAGCAGCAAUACAGGUUCUUCCAAAGUUGUCGUCCUCCAUCGUGCAUGAGAUGGAUAGUAUCCUAGGCAACAAGCCCUACAGUAAAAAGGACUACAGAUCCUAGAGGCUGCCUGUGGAACAUUGUUGGGCACUCAGCAUCUUCCUACUUCCUCGUUUGCGACCAGCUUCAGUUGAACAAGACACCAGGCACCAUGGGAAAUAUAUAGCCAUUAAACCACUUGGGAAAGUCAAUCAGAGUAUCUAAAAAUAUAUAUAUUUCUCCCAACCCAAAGAUUUUAGAGGAAACUUGGAGACGUGUCCCGUCCAAGGAACUGUAUUCACCAUUUCAGUGAUUUCAGUGAAACACUUGCUUCAGCAUGAAAAAAAAACAUUUAUUUCGGGUCAAAGGGAAAAACACAAAAAGUCACGCACAUGUUUGCCUUGCAUUAAUUUCCUGCUUGGCCAUCUUAUUAUUAUUUAGAAAAGUAGAUGGACCCAGAGCAAGUCCUUAAAUGCACUUCAUUCAUAAAUUAUUUAUUCUAUAACAGAUUCUUGAUUUAAAAGGAUCAGAAUCCAGAACCCUUUUGAAAAGGUUUUUGUCUUGUAUAGGUCCCAUAAAAUGAAUUGAUCCAGCACUCCAUUAAAGAUGCACUGUGCAGAAAUCACUCCGCCAUUUCCUGGUUGCUAAAAUUCUAAUAGUUCGCUUAAUUUCACUUUAUAUGACAAAACA